AUGGAGGGCGCGCGGGGCUUCGGCGACGAGGAGGAGCGCCGCUGCGAUGCCAUCCGCAUCUCCAUGUGCCAGAACCUGGGCUACAACCUCACCAAGAUGCCCAACUUGCUCUUGUUGCUGCUGCUGCUGCUGGCCACGGCCCUGCAGGGCGCGCGGGGCUUCGGCGACGAGGAGGAGCGCCGCUGCGAUGCCAUCCGCAUCUCCAUGUGCCAGAACCUGGGCUACAACCUCACCAAGAUGCCCAACUUGGUCGGGCACGACCUGCAGACGGACGCCGAACUGCAGCUCACCACCUUCACCCCCCUCAUCCAGUACGGCUGCUCCAGCCAGCUGCAGUUUUUCCUGUGUUCCGUCUACGUCCCCAUGUGUACAGAGAAGAUCGACAUCCCGAUCGGACCAUGCGGGGGCAUGUGCCUUUCCGUCAAACGGAGAUGUGAGCCAGUCCUGAAAGAAUUUGGCUUCUCCUGGCCGGAGAGCUUGAACUGCAGCAAGUUCCCACCUCAGAAUGACCACAACCACAUGUGCAUGGAAGGCCCCGGCGAUGAGGAAGUGCCGCUCCACAGCAAAGCCCCCUUGCACCCGGGCGAAGAGUGCCAUGGCCUCGGCUCGAACUCGGAGCAAUACAUUUGGGUCAAGCGCAGCCUCAGCUGCAUCCUGAAGUGCGGCUACGAUGCCGGCCUCUACAGCCGGUCAGCCAAAGCGUUCACAGAUAUCUGGAUGGCUGUGUGGGCCAGCCUCUGCUUCAUAUCCACUGCCUUCACCGUCCUGACCUUUCUGAUCGACUCCUCUCGGUUUUCCUACCCCGAGCGCCCCAUUAUAUUUCUGAGCAUGUGCUACAAUAUUUAUAGCAUUGCUUAUAUUGUCCGGCUGACCGUGGGCCGGGAAAGGAUAUCCUGUGAUUUUGAAGAGGCGGCAGAACCUGUCCUCAUCCAAGAGGGCCUCAAGAACACCGGAUGUGCUAUAAUUUUCUUGCUGAUGUAUUUUUUCGGGAUGGCGAGCUCCAUCUGGUGGGUGAUCUUGACGCUGACGUGGUUUCUGGCAGCUGGACUCAAAUGGGGCCACGAGGCCAUUGAGAUGCACAGCUCCUAUUUCCACAUCGCCGCCUGGGCGAUCCCAGCAGUCAAGACCAUCGUCAUCUUGAUCAUGAGGCUGGUGGAUGCAGAUGAGCUGACCGGGUUGUGCUACGUCGGCAAUCAGAACCUGGACGCCCUGACGGGCUUUGUGGUGGCUCCUCUUUUCACUUACUUGGUGAUCGGCACCUUGUUCAUCGCCGCCGGCUUGGUGGCCUUGUUUAAAAUCCGGUCCAACCUUCAAAAGGAUGGGACCAAAACGGACAAGUUGGAGAGGCUGAUGGUGAAGAUUGGGGUCUUCUCGGUGCUCUACACCGUCCCGGCCACCUGCGUCAUCGCUUGCUAUUUCUACGAAAUCUCCAACUGGACAAUCUUCCGCUACUCCGCCGAUGAUUCCAACAUGGCCGUGGAGAUGCUGAAGAUCUUCAUGUGCCUGCUGGUGGGCAUCACGUCGGGCAUGUGGAUCUGGUCUGCCAAAACAUUGCACACGUGGCAGAAGUGCUCCAACCGGCUGGUGAACUCGGGAAGGGUAAAGCGUGGGGAGAAAAGAGUGGAUGGCUGGGGGAAGCCCGGGAAAGGGAACGAGACCGUGGUAUAAACAAAGACUAGGCAAAGCUGUUGGUCAAGGUGUCUUUUUCUCUGUGUCUGAUCUGAGAUGAGUAGGUGGCGCUUGGAACACCAUGAUUGUCCAUUGUGCCUGGGGAAGGAACGGCGCAGAAUUAUUGUGUUUUUGCUGAAUGUGAGGAGAUUGGGUAGAGAAGGCCUGCAUGACAGGAAAUAAGUCCUUCUGCUACACCUAGCAGAACAGAACUUCUGCAGAAGAACCCGUAGAAGCCCCCGUUGGCUUCAAAAAGCUGUGAAAACACAACUCAGAACCUUUUGGACUUCUGAUGGAAAGCCGCGUCCUUGUGUCUCAAGGAGUUGUGGAACUUUGCACCUCCUAAUAACGCACAACGUGCCUUCUCUCCCUGUCUCCCUCCCUCCUCCUCACCCUCUUCCAGGUCAUAUUUUUAGCAGUGUCUCCUCAUGUCGUGAAGGAAAGAAUUCCGAGGGCAGAUUUCUCAGCUUCUGGGGACUUGGGAUCUCAUUACACUGAGGCCUGUCACUUGGAAGAGUCAGAAGCUUCCAUUCACUCUUGGUUCCAAAGCUAUAUUAGGACAAUUUAUUUAUUGAUGCUUCUGAGUAGGCCAAACGACAUUGCGGGAAGGGAUGUGCAAGCUACUGGAUGCUGCAGAGUUCUUCCAUGUGGAUAGAGAGUAAACCAAGGAGGUGGGAGAGGGUAAUGGUGGCUGUUGGAGCCUGUUUUUAGUCACAGAAAGUGAGAGGAUUUAAUAGACCUUCAGCUGAGGGUUAGCAACAUACUGUAAUGGUCCCAGUUGCACCCAGAAUUCUUCCUUUGAGUUGCUGGGAUAAAGAAAUCACAAAAUGGUGCCCUUGUGUUUUUUUCAGAAUACCGUAUUUUUCGCUCCAUAAGACGCACCUCUCCAUAAGAUGCACCAAAUUUU